AUGCAUCAUGUAUUAAACGCAUUACAAUAUCAAGUAGAGUUUGAUAUGAAUGAUCGAACUCGUUCAUCUAGAUGGUAUAUUGCUUGUCAGAAAACUAAUUGCAAUACACUUAAUGUUGGAGAUUUAAUUUAUCAAAAUAAUUUAAUUGAUUUUAAUUUAGCAAAACUUUUAGAUAAAACAUCAGCUGGUUUAUCAAUAAGAUUUUCAUCUAGUUUUUAUAAAAUAUUUUUUAUAUCGAUAAUGAAAACAUUAUAA